UUGCUCGACCUAAUUCGCCGGCACACUCUGUUGAUACGUUCGUUCAGUCACUCGCACCGCCCGCGCGCAGCGGCCGUGUCAGACGAUUAAAAAUAAAACGCGACGGAAUUAAAAAGUUAGUGUUCCAUUUUUUUUAAUUUGAACUUGUGUUCGUUCUCUUUAUUUCAUCAUGUCUUCAAGCACAGCCACCAAAAAUGGGACCGUCCAAGGAUUAGCUGCCAAGGCGCCAUGGACGGACGAGCAAGGCAUCGCGGUAAAAAUAUAUGAAGGUGUGGUCACCACACUUGAAAUUCUACUGCUGCUUGUCAAAAUGUGGGUGUCCUGGAUAUACGCCAUGUACCAGCUUGUCGUACCACCGGUGCCGAAGAGCGUGGAAGGAGAGAUCAUUCUGAUCACAGGUGCAGGUCACGGCAUGGGUCGCGAGAUGGCGCUGAGGUUCGGGAAACUGGGAGGAGUCAUCGUCUGUGUAGAUAUUAAUGGCGCCGGCAACCAGGAAACUGUGGACGCCAUUAAGACCAACAAGGGGAUGGCGCACCGAUAUGAGUGUGACGUAACAGACAGCAAAGCUGUAGCCGCGUUGGCGGAGCGCGUGCGCCGCGAGGUUGGUGACGUCACGAUGCUGGUCAACAACGCUGGGAUCAUGCCCUGCAAGCCUCUGUCGCAGCAUACCGAGAAAGAUAUUAGAACUAUGAUGGAAGUCAACGUCAUGGCGCACUUCUGGAUGCUCCAGAACUUCCUGCCAUCAAUGAUGGAGAAGAACCACGGCCACAUCGUAGCCAUGUCCUCAAUGGCUGGCAUGCUUGGUCUCCGCAAUCUGGUGCCGUACUGCGCCUCCAAGUUUGCAGUAAGGGGCAUGAUGGAAGCUCUGCACGAGGAACUGAGGGAGGACUCCAAGGAUUAUAGUGGAAUCAAAAUGACCGUAAUCUGCCCAUACAUCGUGGACACGGGCCUGUGCAAGAACCCCAAGAUCCGCUUCCCCACCCUGAUGAAGAUCGUCACAGCCGAUGAGGCGGCGGACAACAUCGUCGAUGCCGUGAGGAGGAACUACUCCGAGAUUACCAUUCCUAGCUCUUUGUAUUACGUAAACUCGUUCCUACGACCGCUGCCCAGAACUGUUCCACUUCAUCUCAAGGACUUCCUGGAUUCUGGGCUGGAGGCCCAAUAACUUUAAGUGUUUAUUAAGUUUAAAUGAGACGUUAGGUAACAAACUUAAAUACAUUUAUAAACUUCAAGUACUCCUCUCUUCAGACAAACAAAUUAUGCCUUCAAUUAUUUGUUUAAACUACUUAUUGUUGUCCGAGUCGAUAAUAUGAAUCAUAAAUAUCGUGAUACCAACGUUAACGUUAACUGUGGUGGGUGAGAAUUGGUAUUGUAAAUCCUAACUGUUUUAGCUCUAGGAGGAACUAAUAUCCCAUAAAAUUGUACCUAUUUAAGAAAAUCUUCUUGAAAUUUCUAGAAGGUUUAAGGAAUAAAUUUGGGCUUUACUCUUAUAGAACCAAACAUGACUAUAAUGGCUUCUCACGAGCCAUAUCUUAAGUUAGUAAUUCUAGGAUUACGCGAUGGUUGAUUAUUAUUAACUAUGAUAUCAAUUGUGAUGUAUUUUUAUAGCACCUUCUGGGAUAAUUUCAAAGCAAGACUAUUUGAAGUUACAUAAUACAUAAAAUUUCAAAUACCAGUGAGCUUGUAAGAUUUGUGAUGUAAAGAAGUUAAAGGAUGACUCUCGCUAGAAAGUCCUUGACCCAGGCCAAGGCGUUGACACUUCAGGGGGCCUAGCCAAGAUGCCAAUCGUUUGCACCGUAGCGAACGAACCGCUAAUGUCACUCUGUCGCACUCAUAUGUAAGAGUUAUAGAACAGACAGACAGAUAUUAGCGUUUCGUUCACUACGGCGCAGACAUACUCACACAAACCCAAAUCAUCGGUCCGGCAACUGACCGGGGCUCCGACAUGGAUGAAUUUAUCGGAAGUGCCUCUUCGAUAUCGGAUGCCAAUGGCACCUAUGAGAAAAACAUAUAUUUUAUAUUUUUUUCUUCUAUUGGAUAUCCGAUAUCGGAUCAGGCAAUGUGAUCUAAGCAUCACAUGAUCACCGACCACCUGCCAUAGAAAACGAAGUGUCUGAAGCCUUGGCCUGGACCCGAACCGUUCUGGCGUGAAUCGUCCUUGUGAUCAUAUUAUGUAUGUGUUAAGAUUUUAUUUGAAGCAAUAUGGCUCGACUCACUUAUUGUCAGUGUGUCUCACUGUUGUAAUAUACAUGCUGUGUCUUUUCAUAUGUCUAUCAGAAUAAUUAAAGUGGAGUUCAAUGGUAAAGACAAAUAAUGCAAACAAACCAAUUUAUCUUCAUUUCUUCGUAGCUCGCACUUUCUGUUGACAACCAUGAUUUUAUCGACAGUUUAUUUACCCUUUUAUAUCAAUGACUAAUUAAAAUAUAUGUUAAUAUUUCAAUGAAAAUAACCAUCGUAGAACUUUUAGGAUAUACGUCAAAUGCUAACAACAUUUGCCUUUUCUACUUAACUCCACAUUAGUAGUUUUUUCUUUUAAAUCAAGGCAAUACUUACCUGUGAAGAUGAAGUGCCUUCAAUCCAAUGUAUAAUUUUAUAGUUAAUGAAUCAGGAUAUGGCAUUUAGUAUAAUGAAAUGGGUCCAUUAAUAUACGUAUAUAAUGUAUAGAAACGUCUCUGCGCUUAGAUAUUUUACUUUGUUUAAAGUGGUUUUGAUGAAAACUGAUAAUUAUAUAUAUAGUUAAACUAUUAAUAUGCACGCGGCACAUUGCUAAAAACUGAUAAUGCUGAUAUGAGUAGACUGUAGAGUAGACUGAAAUUGUAACAAUCAUAAUGAUAAUAAAUCGAUGAUAUUUGAGUGAAAAUAAACAAACUCCUUUUAAAUGUUAGGAAAACCGAAGGAAGAAGGAAGAAGAACAACGGUCUGAGGAAGCGAGGGGUAGAUAUCUGUCACGGGGAUUGGACGGUCAAGUGGUGUGAUAUUAGGUACGCAACCUCGAACCUCUUAUUAAAACAGGACAGGACAGGAGGGUAACCGCGAAAGUCGAAGUUCGAAAAUGGCGGGCAUCUUUCUCUGUCUCUCUAAUUACGCCUUCAUUGAAGUAAAAGAGGAAGAUCCUCGCAAUUUGCCAAUUUCGCAUUCGGUUUAGAUAUAAGAAUAAUAAAGCCUAGAAGACCUGGCAACUGUAGUGUUAUCUUUUUUUAACUUGAAGUAACUUUUACCAUAACUUAAAGUGUUGACUUUAACGCGAUGUUGCGUCCGAAAUCUUUAUUAAAUUCUUUGUCAAGGUAAUUUUUUUGUCUUGCACAUUUAGACCCCAGGGUUUCUCCAGGGGUAAAACUGUGCCAUUUUGUUCCAAUGGAUCAAGUAAAUAUGUUCCCGUAUAAAAAAUGUUGGUUUCACUUUUUAACGGGACGGUCAUAUUUAAGGAACUAGGAGGCGUAGUCUGAUUAUACAACAAGUUAUGCAUUUGAUAUGGAUAUAAAUAAAUAUAAAUAAAUAAAUAUCUGUCCGUGUCAAAAGUAAUGAAUGUUUAGCUUCCUCUAGCUACCGCUGCUGUAAAUUUCUGAGUGUAAGGCCUGAGUGGACGCUCGAGUUGGGCAUGCGGCAGGGCGGGGCGUGCGGCGUGUAGUGCAUGUUCAACAAAUGCAAACGUACAGGAGCGGCCGCACUGCACGCUGCUCGCAGCACGUGCGCCCGACGCCACGCUGCACGCCCCGGUGAAUGCUCCGCUUCGAGCGUCCGCUCAGGCCUUACACUAAUAACGAAUUCCAAUAGAGAAAGCAAAAAAUUAUGGAAUGUGGAGGUAAGGAAUUAAAUCUCCAUGUACCAAAAAGUGUCAUCAAAAAACCAUAAAUAGGUGGUGCUACAAUACCUAGAAUAUUUGACAAAAAAAUCAAAUCAUAGACAGCGCACUUCACUCCGUCAAUAACGCCUAGAUGCUUAGCUACUCUAGCGCUACUCUGGAGAGUAUGGAACUAUUAUUUACAGCUGACAGCUGGACACUUUUGCAACAGUUCUACUACAAGAGAUUUCACUCAUUUUAAAUCCACACUCCAUACAAAUAAUGUAAACAAAUAUGACAGCUUUUGUUGGCAUUUGACAUGUAACCUAAAAUAUGUAUGGAGGUUGAUUUCGCUGAAAUCAACCAUACAAAUAAAAUAUAAAUUGUUGCUAAGAUCAUGAUUGUCGUCAAACAGUGCGUGAUUACGAAGUAUUGAAUGUAAACUGGUUUGUUUACGAUAUUUGCCAUUUCUAUUGGAUUUACAUAAUUAUAUACCAUGAACAAGAUAAUAGGGACCGUGCGCGUCGGAGGGUCUGCCAUUUUGUGGUCUGAAUCGGAACCAUAAACAUGCACAUUUACACGUCAAGUGUUUUCUUGUGCAUAGUAGGUUCUGCCAUCUUGUGGGCUACAUCGGAACAAUAAACAUCACAUUUACGCUUCGCGCCAAAAAUCUGACAGCUCCUGUGCUGCCUCCUACAGUUCAUGCACGCUCCCUAUAGUGAUAUUAUUUAGUGCCUUAGAUAGCACCUAAUUAAUUGUAAUAAUUGUUUGUUCGGGCAGUACGUAUAUGAUAAUAAGAAUAACAUAAUAAAAUGGAUUAAAUAUAUUAUAUUUGAUCAAAUUACCAUCACAAGAAUCAAUUAUGUAUUAUGUGCCUAUUCUAUAACAAUAAGUAUAAAUAAAGUAUAUAUGUGCAAUAAUAGAAACUUAUGUAUGUGUAUGAUGUGCCAUAUGACUUGCAAAAAAUAGGAUAACUUUGGAAGUAAAAAACAAAGGCUCAACUCAAGUUUCGACUAUUUUAACCCAUUCAACGCUAAUCACAUUUUGUCGUUUUGCCUCUACGAAUCAUUUUCUCUACAUACCGGGAAACUUAUGUUAUCGGCUGUGACGCAGCGCUACGACCGUAGCUCAGCGGUGAAUGUGUUAAGAUGGGAUAUGCAAUGGAUCGUAAAUGCAUAAAAGAAAGACAUUUUUGUCCUAGCUUGCCUUAUAAUUUCAAUAAUCGGACAGACAGACGGACAUGACGAAUCUAUAAGGGUUCCGUUUUUUGCCAUUUGGCUACAGAACCCUAAAAAUUGCUUUUGUGUUUCUAAAGUGAUCUGUUUGUUUUAAAUAGUUUGUAAAUAGAUAAGUUAGGAUUUGUAUAUUUGUUUUGAAUGGGAAUUUUAAUAUAUAAAUGGAAGAAAAUUAAAAA